UCUAUGUCUAUAGAUAUCUUAUUUCUAGAGCCAGUGGGUGGAAUUUAUGGGUAGAUUUCAGUUACACAUGAAGGACCUCGUAAGAAGAGUUGCCCUGCAAUUGCAUAGCUUCCUUGUCAUUGGAGGUGGUGAGAUGGUGAAGAAGGAGGUUGGAUGACCAUCUCAUUGAAAGAGAUACUAUGGAUAAGAUUCUUGUAUUGCAUUGACUGGAUGAUGUUUAAGAAUCCUUCCAAUUCUUCAGAUUCUGAAUCCAGGGAUAGUAUCUAUAAGUGUCUGCUUUCUGGCUAGAGUUAAGAGCUGCGGGGUCGUAAACAUUUUAGAUAUUAUAUCACCUGACCUCUGGGCCCAAAAUUCUUUUAAGGAAAUUUUUAGUGCCAUAUCUAUGUAAAAGAAAUGUGAGUGCAGGACCACCUGUACAUCUUAAAUUGACAAAGAUCGAUAAAGAUAAUGUGCUGCACAUCCCCAGAAGAGUUAUGACAAUCAGAAUAGAAAGGAAAUGGUCUGUGGAGCUCUGCCACAGCAUUUGUGUGUAAACCACCUAAAUUUGGGGGGCUUCAGGUUCUAAAUUUCUGUUGUGCAGAACUCAUACAGCCUGAUGUUAACCUUUCUCAUCUCUAAAGGAUGACUUGAAGGCUUCCCUUACAUUGGCGGGGCCUUGGUGCAUGAUGUGACCCAAUAUCCUUCCCGACUUUCCUCAGACAGAGCUAUAACCCUUAAGCUUAAGGCUUUGAUAUCAAAAUGGAAACUUCCCAGAGAGGGACACUUCAAGCUGUCAGUCAUCUAUGGAAGGGCAACUUUUGGUAGUGGGGUUGGAGAAGAUACCUGGAAUUGUCAGGUUUAUAGUUGGGAGAAAGGAGGGAAGGUCUAGGUAUAGAGUGGAGGGGAAGAAUUGGGAGUACCAAGGAUUUGGAGGUUCUUUGCCCAUUUCCCAGUUUGUUAAGGACUUUACUCAAACAAGAUGAAGCAUCUCAAAGUGAUCUGAACACUUUUGCCUAAGGUACCAUGCAAAUGUAAACCUGUGGCCUACUUUUCUAACUUGUAUUUGUGGGCUGGGUCCCCAGAGAGUUACUGCUACUCUGUGUCAUAGGAGCAAUUUGGGGGGCUGUACUCCUUAUACUGUGAUUUCCCCUUCCCCCCAGUAAAAAAAAAUCCAUCAGUAAACAUGAUUGCCUUAAAUACAAUGAUAUAGUAAAAACCAUGGCUAGAAAAAAUUCUCUCCCCCUCACCCCCAUGUUUAUAUACAUAGUCUCAAUGGGAAGAACGAGCUCCAACUUAUAGAAUGAUAGUAGUGAGGCACAUAUGGAGGAUGUGUGUUUAGCAAAGGCAAAGUACAUCUUCUGGUACCACAGAAGUCCUGGAAGCCUUUUCUCUCUCUGUAGGGGCCUUAUGAAGCUCUCCUUUAGUAAAGUAUCUUGGCUGGGUGGUUUUCUCAAUUGGGCUCCCAUUCUUCACAGCUCAACUCUGAGUUGAGACCUGACUCUUUUUUGCUGCAAAGCUUCUUUCUCUUUUGAGCUGUAUUUCAGAUGAGUGACUGCUUUUCUAUAGCUCUGUCUACCAUGAUUGUGUGUCCCUGCUUCCUCAAGUGUGUUGUGCCUCCAACAUUCUCCAACCGAUGAACUCUGUUGGAUGGGGUGUCUCCUUCAGGGCUUCUAGUGGCUGACUAUCUAUUAAAGAGAGGGGAUAGUAGUGCUUCCAUCUUUCAAUCAGCCAAUUAGGCUGCCCUUUCUGAUAAAUUUCAGGGAAAGGGGAUCAUACCUCAUGAAGUGAUCCGAAGUAGAAAGUGAAGUCAGAAACAUUUAGUAGUAGUCUAUUGGUAACCGAGGAUGAUGAUCGUCUUUGUGCGCUUUCAUCUGUGAUGUAGAUGAGUGUGCACAAAAACACUUGUGUGUGAAGGAGAUUUAAGUGGAAAAGUCGAUGCACAGAGACAGUCCCACUCUCUCGGUGUUGGAAGCCUGGGUCCAGUGGCACGAAAAAUUGUUACACCUGAAGACUUCCUCAGCUGCAUUGGAUGUCCUUUGUGCUCCAACACACCCUGAGCACUCCCCAGUGCUUUGCUGCGUCGCCCUCUCAGCCAUUGAACCUUCUUAUUGGUUUCUUCCGUCUGUUCAGCCGAAGCAGUCUUCACAUGCUCGGUGAGCAAAGCCUUAGUUCAGAAACAUUUAUUAAGGAUCUAAUAUGUGCCAGAAUAGAGGAUGCUUUAAGAUUAAUUAAUACAUCAUGAUUAUAGUCUCUAUUUUCCUGGCUGAGAGAUUGGGAAACAAACAAAAAAACUCCUCUAUAGAAAACAAAGAAGACAUUUUAUUGUCUUCCCUUGCCUGGGAAUUCCAUUCUUUUCUUCCUCCAAACUAUUCAUAAUGACACUUCAUAAAUCCUCCAGUGAUAAAUCUGGGUAUGUUUAUUCCUCUGUUCAAAAUCCUUCAGUAGAUUUGUAUUGUACAUACAAUAAGGUUCAAAUUUCUUUGCCUGGCAUUCAAAGCUCUCUACCAUCUAGCCCUACUCUUCUCCCACUCAAGUCUCCUGUGGUAUUGCAGGCUAUUUUCUUUUUUUUUUCAGGCUAUUUUCUUCUACUUACCUUAUGCUCCAAGCAAACUAGACUACUCUCAAACCUCUUUAUACACCUCACCCUUUCCUGCCUCAAAUGCCUUGCAUUUUCCCAUCAUCCUCUAUGCCUACAGAAUUUUAAACUCAUAUUAUAUAUAUAUGUAUUUUUUUUUUUAAUCCUUGCCUUCUGUCCUAGAAUCAAUGCUGUGUAUUGGUUCCAAGGCAGGAGAGUGGUAAGGGCUAGCCAAUGGGGGUUAAGUGAUGCGUGACUUGUCCAGGGUCACACAGCUAGGAAGUGUCUGAGGCCAGAGCCUAGGACCACUCGUCUCUAGGCCUGGCUCUCUCACCCAGAUGUCCCCUUUAACUCAUAUUUUAAAGACUGACUUAAAUGCUCUGUCUUCUGUGAAAUCUUUUCCAUUUUACUCAAAUUGAUAGUGAUGUUUCCUUCUUGGACUUCAUGUGGUACUACCUCUCUGAUGUACUUUAAAAAAAUUCUAUUUUAUUUUCCAGAAAAUCUUCAUUCUCUACUUCUACCACCUUCCCACAGUGAGAAAGCAAAAGAAACAAAAACUCUGUAAUAAACGUGUAUAGUAAAGCCAAACAAUUUCCACAUUGGUCAUGAUCAAAAAGAUAAGUUACAUCCAGCACUGAGUACUCUCUAUCAGGAUUUGAGUACCAUGUUUCCUUUGUGAGUCCUAUGGAACUGUAUUCCUUUAUAUUCUUUGGUUAGAUAGUUGUGUACAUUAUCAAAUCCUUUGAUAGACUGACAUCUUCAUGAGGGCAGAGAUCCAGACUUUUCCUCUGUACUUUUUUAAGUCCCUUGUUUCACUCAAAAUUCAGCUCAAGGACUUUCUAAAGACUUUCUUUUUUUUUUUUUAAUUUUUAUUUGGUCAUUUCCAAACAUUAUUCACUGGAAACAAAGAUCAUUUUCUUUUCUCCCCUCCCCUCCCUCCCACCACCUCUCCCAUAGCCCACGCGCAAUUCCACUGGGUAUCACAUGUGUUCUUGAUUCAAACCCAUUUCCAUGUUGUUGGUAUUUGCAUUAGAGUGUUCAUUUAGAGUCUUUCCUCAGUCAUAUCCCCUCCAACCCUGUAGUCAAGCAGUUGCUUUUCAUCGGUAUUUUUACUCCCACAGUUUAUCUUCUGCUUGUGGAUAGUGUUUUUUAGAUCCCUGCAGAUUGUUCAGGGACAUUACACCGCCACUAAUGGAGAAGUCCAUUACCUUUGAUUGUACCACAGUGUAGCAGUCUCCGUGUACAAUGUUUUCCUGUUUCUGCUCUUUUCGCUCUGCAUCACUUCCUGGAGGUUGUUCCAGUCUCCAUGGAAUUCCUCCACUUUAUUAUUCCUUUUAGCACAAUAGUAUUCCAUAACCGACAUAUACCACAAUUUGUUUAGCCAUUCCCCAAUUGAAGGGCAUCCCCUCAUUUUCCAAUUUUUGGCCACCACAAAGAGUGCAGCUAUGAAUAUUCUUGUACAAGUCUUUUUCCUUAUAAUCUCUUUGGGGUACAAGCCCAGUAGUGCUAUGGCUGAAUCAAAGGACAGACAGUCUUUUAUCGCCCUUUGGGCAUAGUUCCAAAUUGCCUUCUAGAAUGGUUGGAUUAAUUCACAACUCCACCAGCAAUGAAUUAGUGUCCCUACUUUGUCAUAUCCCCUCCAGCAUUCAUUACUUUCCAUAGCUGUUAUGUUAGCCAAUCUGCUAGGUGUGAGGUUAAAGACUUUCUAAAGGCUGAAGGAAUAAAUGAGAUAACAUCAAAUCACUUGGCAAAACUUAAUGUACUUUGUUGUGGUACAGUAGUCUGACUCUUCCUGAAUCUGUUUGGGGUUUUCUAAGUAAAGAUACUGAAAUGGUUUUUCAUUUUCUUCUCCAGCUCUUUUUAUAGAUGAGGAAACUGAGGCAAACUAAGUUGAAGUGACUUGUCCAGGGUCACACAAUUAGUGAAAUGUGUGAGGCCAGAUUUGAUCUCCAGAAGAUGAGUCUUCCUGCUUCCAGGCCUAGCACUUUAUCCACUGUGCCACCUAGUUACAAUGUGUUAUAUAAGGAUUGGUUAUUAUUCUGAUGUGACACAAAUAGUAGGACACAAAUGAACAAAUUAUUUUACAAGAAUUCUUUCUUGGGCCCAUACUGCAGCCUGUGCUCUUCUCCAUGACCUUAUAUUCAUUUCCCAUAUGCUUAUAUAUAUAAUACAUGUUUUCCUUGAAAUGCAAACUCCUUGAAUGCAGGGCCGGUUUCAUUUUAAAAUUUUUUAUCUUCAGUUCUUAUCACGUGUCUGGUACAUACUUGGUGCUUAAUAAAUGCUUGUUUAUUAAUUGCAUAUGCUCUGCACAUACUUAGCACUUAAAUAUUCAAGUUGAAUUGUGCCAGAAAGAGUCUGUCAAAAAGCAAUGCAUAGAGAGCCUGACCAGCCUUAGUUCAACUAUGACCUCCCUGGGCAAGUCACUUAACACCAGUCAAAUAGUCCUUACCUCUUCUGCCUUAGAACCAAAAAACAGUAUUGAUUCUAAGAUGGAAGGUUAGGGUUUAAAAAAAAAAAAAGCAUUUAUCAAAUACCUAGUGUGUGCCAGGCUACACAAAAAAAAGGCCAGAACAAAGUCCCUGAUCUCAUGGAGCUCUCUUUCUUAUGUAAGGUGCAUGCUCCGCGGAAGAUGCUCAGUUUGGAGGCCUAUGUUCUGAGAGGGAGGGAGUGGAGGAUGCGUGAAACUUUUCCCAUUCACUUGGGUGGCAGUGUGUCACCCUGCUGCUCCUUUAAGAAGAGGAGGAGGGGGACCAAGGAAGCCGAGGGAGGACCCUCCUUCCCUGCUCAGCCCGACCACCUGUCUCCGGCAAUCGCCCCGCCCCGCCCCUUUUCUGGAGGGGAGGGGAGAGGAACGGAGGCGGGGAAGAAGCAAGCGGACAAUUUACCUUGUGGGGCGCGGCGCAUGCGCACGGCCGGACAGGUCCUCUGCGCCCUCACUUCCUGGCAUUCCCCCUUCCCUCCCCCUUCCCCUGUACAUCCGGGUCACUUGCCCUCUCCAGUCGUAGCUGCUGUUGCCGCCGCCUCCGCCGCCGCCGCCGCUGCCUGGCUCGUCGCGGCUCCGCCACUGGGGCAGGUGCGGAGGGCUCCCGGUCCGGGCGGUCGCCGCUUCCCCCGCUUCCGGCCCGGGGCUCCCCCUAGCGCCGCAGAGGAGUCGCCUCCACCUCCAUCUCCUCUGCUGCUGCCGCUCCGGGGGGGUGGGGGGGAAGGCGAGAGGAGCGGGGCAAAGCCGAGUCCGGGAGGCUCUCGGCUGCGGCUGCUAAGACCUGAGUUCGGGGUUGUUUCCCCUGCAAGAUCUGAUGACUUCAGCAUCCAACACAGUCCUGAGAGUCCAGAUUCCUGUUCUCUUUUAGGUGUUAGUGAUUUUAUCAAGAAACAAAGACUAUUGAACUCUGGAAUAUGCAGAUGCUCAACCUACAGAAUCUGAAAAGGAAAUUUAUAAUCAGGUGAACGUAGUAUUAAAAGAUGCAGAAGGCAUCCUGGAAGAUUUACAAUCAUACAGAGGAGCUGGCCAUGAGAUACGAGAGGUAA